UAUUGAUAUUAUCGGCAUAUAAACAUGUAAAACAAGAUAGUCAUGUCCUGGGAAUCACCAAAGAAUUCCUCGAUAGGUAGUGAAUCCAGAUGGGAUGGAUAAUCCGAUAGUAUACAGAUUGAAGUUGAAGAAAGUCGGGCCGAAACUACCGAAUUUGACCUCUUCCCACCAUGACAUACUUAUUGUAAGUCAAGCCGGCUUAUUGUGUCAUCUCAUUGUGUCCGGCCUAGCCUACUGUGCCUCAUGGAAGGCUCACUUGACAUCUGUCUGGAGCUAUCUAAACUUCUUGAGCUGGCUUGCACUAGAAAAUCUGUCUAGCCUAGUAUCCGUCGUUGUUGGGUUCAACCUCACUCUGGCCUUCCGACUGAGUAUAGAUAUUACAAAGGGGAUUUAUUCUAGCUGUAUCACACCACAAGUCAAUCUUCUAUGUGGAAACCAUCGUGCUCAGAACCGGGAAUCGUCAAUACGAGGAUACGAGGAAGGGCUUAUGUGACCACGACGCCGAACGCCGCUAUCCUGAUCUGGGACCCGAUAUUGCCCUUACAGCUGGGCAGACCAGUUGGUACAAAGUUUGAAUGCCACGAGACUCGAAGCGCGUUGCCAUCACGAUUCCAUGACCUCUUCCUGGUUAAGACUGCGCCUUCUCUGUUUGUCCAAAAGGAUUCUGAUGAUGCACAGCGACUCGAACGUUCUAGUAUUGACGAGGAUAUCGCCUGUCUUCUCUUUCGGGAGUUGUAUUUGUGAGCAAAUGCGCACCCUCACCUAGAACCUAUCUAUUGUAGUAU